UUGGUAUUGAGAGUAAUAUAAAGUAUAUACCCAUUAUCCAUACCUCUAAUAUAAUUUUUCAGAAAAUUCAUUCAGAUUUUUUACGUUAACUGCACUUCAAAUUUUACAGGAUGAACGGUGAAGCUAAAAAGUUCAGUUGGGGAGCUGUAGAAACCGUGAGUAGCGUUUCUUUAACUGAAGUAAUGUCUGAAGAAUUAGCUGAACAUUUAAACAAGUUGGAACUCGGAGUAUUAUCUUCAGACAACCUGGAGAAUCCACUUAUUAAAUCUGCUCCAGCAGAGCUGAGUACUGAUGCAGAUGAUUUUUUGAUCGCGCAGAUGCUUCAGAAACAAUAUGAUAGAGAGUUUGAUUCAGCUUUACAACAGGAAGAAGCUCACGUUAACGGAACUUCUAAGGUUCGAGUAACCUACUCGAAGUACAGGAUGGUUCCAGAGAAUAUUAUUUGGGAUGAUAGCGAAGACGAUGAAGAUGAUGAAUAUCUAAAUCAGGAUGAUCGUAAACGAGACUGGGACGUAUUUGAGACUAAAGAGAAGGAGGUUGGAGCUAUGCCUAGAUGCGGAUACAAGAAACUAGGAGAGAAGAUGAUUACAAAGCAUGAUACUGAGAUGACCCAGAGAGAGAAUGCGAAGAGGAUUAUGGAGUUUCCUCCUGGGAUACAUACGGGAGAUGGGGGAGGGUUUGACAUGCAGCUUUCCAACAAGGUUUAUAAUAAAAUCCGAAAUUUCUCCGUGAAGGAAGGAAAACGGAAGAACCGAAUUCAGGAUAAGGAGGAAAGAGCGGUUGCAGAGCAAGCAGUAGAUCCCAAAACCCGUGUUCUCUUGUUCAAACUUGUGAACGGUGGUAUACUAGAUGCCGUGAAUGGUGUAAUAUCUACCGGAAAAGAGGCGGUUAUCAUGCACGCUGACGGUGGUCCUGGACCCGAAGAAGGUCCAGAAACUCCCUUCAAUGUUCCUAAAGAAUGCGCAGUGAAGGUUUUUAAAACCACCCUGAACGAGUUCAAGACCCGGGACAAAUAUAUCCGGGAUGAUUACAGGUUCAAGGAUAGGUUUGGGAAGCAGAAUCCUAGGAAGAUUAUCCAUAUGUGGGCGGAGAAGGAAUUACAUAAUCUAACAAAAAUGGCUAAAGGAGGAAUCAGGGUUCCGGACGUGGUUGUCCUAAAGAAGCAUGUCCUUGUAAUGUCCUUCAUAGGACGGGAUGGACAACCAGCUCCUAAACUAAAGUUUGCUGUGGAAAAGAUGUCCAAGUCUCAAGUGGAGACUGCUUAUAAACAAGUUGAGGAGAUGAUGAUUGAACUGUACAAUAUCUGUCAUCUUGUACACGCUGACCUCUCUGAGUACAAUAUCCUGUGGUACGACGGAGAAUGUUGGUUUAUUGAUGUGAGUCAGGCCGUUGAACCAAUCCAUCCCAGUGGACUCGCAUUUCUCUUCAGAGACUGCACUAACGUCUCAAAUUUUUUUAACAGGUGGGGUGUUCCUGACGUACUCUCUCCUACUGAACUCUUCAACAAGAUAACAGGUCUCAACCUGAACGAAGGUUCUGAAUCCGAGCUCCUGUCCCAGAUCAACAACUACCAGAAGGACCAGGAGUUGAAGGGAGGGUUUAGAGGAGAACAGUACGGGAAGGAGAACGAGAGUAAUUUCGAAUAUUGUUGGGAGCAGGCACAAACAGGAAGCUCUACACCUGCCCGACCUAUACCAGGACAUCAUAGAGCAAAAUCAGAACGAUCCAUGGCUAAAAGUCCAAGAUCGCCCAAAUCCCCGAGUUCCCUUGGAAGAUCCCCAAACUCUCUUGGAAGAUCUCCGUUUUCUGAUCUUGUGAGUCUAAGCGAUCAAUCCUUGCAAGAUCUGAAAACAUCUCUUCUCGUUAGUAAACCUAGAACGGACGAGAGCGAUGAGAUCAAUGGUGUGGAACCAAUCACACACAGAAAACCUAUCGUAACUUUCGGAGACAACAUUUCUUGAAUCUUGAACAAACUAUUUUACAUUUUUUCAAACAAUUCAUAAAAAUUUAGAAUAAAAAUCCGUUUUGUUUAUA